GUUAGAAGCGCGUCAAGAACAGGCAGGUCCGUAAAAGCGCUGUUCCGCGGUAGGUGGUGCUAAACUCAUUCAAAUUUUGUCGGUACCUCGGUGGGUACACAGAAUGAUUUUAAUCGCGCUGGACAGCGUCCAGCGUCACUCACAGUCUCAGCAAGUCAGCGCGCUGAGCACGAGAGCAACAACCUCAUUCCUGGAUAUUAGGCACUAGGGGCAAGUGAGCGAGCGCAGCGCGCGGACACAAUUCGCCUUUCGUUCGCUGAGAGAGGAGCGCGCGAAUGGUUUUCAAACUGAAAUGAAUCGUUAACGGCCGUUUGAAGAUGAAGAGGCUUUCUCGAAAGCUGACUUUAGCUCUUGCAGCGCUGUUUUGGAUAGCCGCUUUACUAUAUUUCAUAUUGCUGAAUAGCCGCAAAAUACUACCUGACCAAAGAAACGAGCAACCGCAAGUCAAAGAGAUCUCAGAUGCUGAGUGGGAUGACCUGCUGGAAGAGUUUGAAGAAAAAAGCUACCUCAAUGCUCACAGAUGGAAGCCAGGCCAGGACCCCUACAGUCUGUAUGCCUUCAAUCAAAGAGAGAGCGAGAGAAUCCCCAGCAAUAGAGCGCUUAGAGACACCCGGCAUUACAGGUGUACAACACUGCACUAUGACCCUGACCUGCCAUCCACUACCAUAGUGAUCACGUUUCACAAUGAGGCACGAUCUACCCUGCUGCGCACAGUUCGGAGUGUGUUGAAUCGGACUCCUGUGCAUCUGAUUCAUGAAAUCAUACUGGUAGACGAUUUCAGCGAAGAUCCAAAUGACUGCCUUCUUCUCACCAAGUUGCCCAAAGUAAAGUGUCUUCGCAAUAAACGUAGAGAAGGAUUGAUCCGGUCCAGGGUUCGAGGGGCGGAAGCUGCAGGAGCCGGGAUUCUGACCUUUCUGGACAGUCACUGUGAGGUCAACAAAGAUUGGCUGCCUCCACUGCUGCAGAGGGUCAAAGAGGAUCCGACCUGUGUCGCCAGUCCAGUGAUUGACAUCAUUAAUAUGGACACGUUUGCCUAUGUCGCUGCUUCCUCUGACUUGCAAGGAGGCUUUGACUGGAGUUUACAUUUUAAAUGGGAGCAACUAUCAGCUGAAAAGCGAGCCAAGAGAGCUGACCCUACAGAGCCUAUUAAAACGCCCAUCAUCGCAGGAGGACUUUUUGUGAUUGACAGAUCCUGGUUCAAUCGCUUGGGAAAAUAUGACACAGCCAUGGACAUCUGGGGAGGGGAGAACUUUGAGAUUUCUUUUAGAGUAUGGAUGUGCGGAGGAAGCCUAGAAAUCAUUCCCUGUAGCAGGGUCGGCCACGUAUUCCGCAAGAAACAUCCUUACAUCUUCCCGGAGGGCAAUGCCAACACCUACAUAAAGAACACCAGAAGGACUGCUGAGGUUUGGAUGGAUGAGUUCAAACUGUUCUACUACUCAGCUCGACCGGCUGCUAGGGGAAAAUCCUACGGAGACAUUCACGGCAGGCAGGAGCUCCGCAAGAGUCUCAAGUGCAAAUCCUUCAAGUGGUAUCUAGACAAUGUCUAUCCAGAGCUCAAAGUUCCUGAUGAUUCCGAUGCUAAGUCUGGUGUGAUCCGGCAGAGACAGAACUGUCUAGAAUCUCGUAUAGUCAAGGGUCAGGAUCUCCCAGUGCUCACACUUGCACCCUGCAGCAUCACCAAAGACGUACCAGCAGCCAACCAGGAGUGGAUCUACACCCAUGGACAGCAAAUCCGCCAGCAGCAGCACUGUCUGUCUGUCUCCACCACUUUUCCUGCCUCCCAGAUCCUGCUUGUGCCAUGCAACAUCAGCGACGGCAAGCAGCGUUGGCAGAAAUCUGGCACUCACCUGGAGCACCUGGCGUCUCGUUUCUGCGUGGACAGCGAGAUGGCUCUGGACGGCAUCGAGAGCAGUAAAAUGCUGGUGAUCAGCCCAUGUGAACUGUCAGCACACACUCAGAGAUGGGAGAUGCCUUUCUCGUGAUCCUUCCUCCUUGGCCUCUCCUCAUCUUUCAGAGCUCAGCUGGAGUCAAAAAUGGAUAGAGAGGCAGAGAGAGUGAGUGUGUACCUCCAGGAGGGGCUACAUCUGUGUCCUGCUGUUCUGCUAUGUCCACUCCCUUUGUCUCUUCGGCACACCCCAGGUUCCCCAGAGUGUCAAUCAUACUGAUGCUCUCCAGAACAGAGUUUGGCAGCUGGACACACACAAACUUGUGGAACACACACCGAGUGUGACACACACACUCACACUGGAGAACAGCGCACAACCUUUUCAUUUGUUUCGCUUGAAUUUACCCCAACACAAAGCACUUGUGAGAUACAUCUGCUAGCACAUCAACAUACAAUAAAUACCCUAUUUUUUCUUAA